CGAAUGCGGUCUUACAACAUGGUAGCUCGCAUCGAGUCGACGACGUCGAACGAAUUCGAUUGUGUAAAAUAACUUAGUUUUUGUUUACUUUUUAAACUUAAUUAUUAAAAUGCGUUGAGUUAAUUAUGUAAUUUUACGCGUAAGUGGAUUGUAUUUAACAAUUGUAACAUGAAAUUGUUAUCCGUUGGAUAUUUUAUAAGUCUAUUAUUAGUAUCUGUCUUCACUUGUGUGUUAUCAAAUCAAGAUGAAGUUCCUACUUCCAAUGACAUUGAAGAAUUGGAUGUGUCUUCCAAGCCAAAGUUUGCUAUUUCUUUAGGACCCAACCAAAACUUAGAUAAAAAUUCCGUCGCUGGCGAACAAUGCGAAGAUCUCGACAUCUGUACAGAUAAAAGCGGAUAUGAAGCUAUUAGGACACUCCACAGACAAUUGGAUGACGAUGCCAAUGGCAACAUCGAUCUUGAAGAGAGCGACGAAUUUCUACGUGAUGAACUACAGUAUGAAAACGGGUAUGAAAGACACCAAGGUUUUCACGGGAAUGAUAAGUAUAUUAAUGUGGAUGAGUUAUGGCAAGCAUGGAAAACUUCUGAAGUUCAUAAUUGGACAGUAGAAGAAACUGUGGAAUGGCUGGUAUCUUACGUUGAUCUUCCCCAAUAUGUAAACACAUUUCAAAAUCACAAUGUAGACGGCACCAAGCUACCAAGAUUAGCUGUUAAUAGUUUAAAUUUCAUGACAAUUGUUUUGGGCAUUAAAGAUCCAAUUCAUAAACAGAAAAUUGCCUUAAAAGCUAUGGACGUUGUGUUAUUUGGACCUCCAAAAUUUCGUAAUUAUCUGAAGGAUGUGUUACUAGUUAUGUGUCUCGUUAUCGCAAUCGGAGGAUGCUGGUUUGCUUACGUUCAGCAUAAAUAUUCUCAGACUCAUUUGUUAAAAAUGGUUAAAGAUAUGGAAUGUUUACAGAAUGCAGAAGAAUCUCUGUUAGAACUACAAAGAGAAUUAGAUAAAGCAAGACAUGCUCAAGAAAUUGUUGCAAUUGAAAAAGAAAAUUUAGAACGUAGACUUAAAGAUGAAAUUACAACAGCAAAGCUUCAAGCUUGUGAAAAACAAGAAUUGGAUUACAUGAAACAAGGCAGAGUUUUGCAGCUUGAAGACGAAUUGCGCGACGCUCAAGAGGAUUUGAAGAAAACGAAAAAAAUGUUGGAAUCUAGACCGUGGGCACCGCCGACCGAUCUGCAAAAUUGGUUACAGCUUACCCACGAGUUAGAAUUGAGAUACUACAAUGCAAAGAAAGCAGCUGCUGAGAAACAAUUAGCAGCAGCUAAAGAAGGGUGUGAAAAAUUGCGUAGAAAGCGAUCUGCUUUCAUGGGCGCUUUUCGAAUUGCUCACGGCGGCUCUAUUGACGAUGUAGACAAUCGCAUUUUACAAGCAAAAGCAGCUCUGUGUGAAAUCACUAAAGAUUUGCAAGAGCGGCUUUAUAGAUGGCGUCAAAUCGAGAUGCUUUGUGGUUUUCCUAUCGUUCACAAUCCAGGUUUAUUGUAUUUAGAGACUGUUUUAAAGUCUCAUAAUAUCAAUGGCAGUGUGGGAAUACCUGCUUUUAGUGGAAAUUCUUUAGCUAAGAAGCAUGACUACAAUAUUAUUACCCAAUAUUUUUGCUUGUUAGGAAGAGGUAGCACGUUGGCCAGAAGCAGUAGCGAAGGGACGCUCAUGCACGACAGCCCUCCUCCGUACGCUGCCGAAGUCAGUGCGAUACAAGAAUUAAUUCACAAUUCGGCAGCUCUGUUUCUAGUCCCCGUACCACCGGCAUGUCGUGAUCCUCUACUAACGAGCCAAACUGGCAAUGUUUCAAUGCUUUCUACGAGUCUUCUCACUUCCGCUACUCCGACUAAACUAUCUGUCGUAAAUGGCUCUCUCUCUCAUUAUCCUCCACCUCCGCCGAGCUACAACACCAAUCACAGGGCCACGCUGUCCCGCGAUCACACUCCCGAAGAGACCGUUACAAAAAAUUUGAUAUCUCACGCAGAAGUUAAUUCGGAGGAAGAGGCGGAAGAAGAGGAAGAGGACACGGACAGGAGCCUGACUCCUCUGUCGUCCCUCUCCAUCAACGGGAUAUCCGAGAAACACGAAUUCAUCAUCGGAGACAGUCCCUCGGAUACAAACUCGCCGACCAAUUCCAACCCCGUUCAGAAUCGUCCCUUAAAGAAUAUUAUUCUGGAGCAUCAAACGGAUAAGGGGGUGCUGGUGCAAUCUCCCUCGUGCCAGAGUCUGUCCAGUCAGGGAGACUCUCCCCCUUUGGUCUCCAAUUCGUCGCCGGCCGAAGGUCACAAAAAGUCGCUUUCGGAUACCAUCCGGCAGACGUUUUCCAGUAACAACGUGUCCAAAAAUCACACCAAUCACUCUAGCUCUUCACUGGAGGAGGAAUGCAAAAAGGAGAAAAAGAAGAGGCAACUUUUCUCCCAUUUGAGAAAGAAAAAGUCGUGAAAAAAAAAAAACCUUGUUUUUAAACGUUGUAAAAGGGGCUAUUUAUCUGUUUCUCCCGGUUCAUACCUCGUUGUAUAAUCGUUUCUUAACCUGGG